AGCCACCGCAUUAUUAUUCCCAACUACUUAGAGAUAUAAACUGAACGUCUCCCGUCAUGGUCAGAAGUAUGAGCCUCACGAACUGAAAACAACAGCUCCAAGAUGUUUUCUUUGAAAGAAGAGACAGCAGUUGAGAACAGAGAGUUGAAAACAUCUGACUGUGAAGUUCAUAAAACUAUCAAGACCAAAGAUGCUGAUGUAUCUCUCCGGUUGUUUGAAGAGUAUGAAUCCCAAGCUGGUGAACUGACCCCAGAAUUAGAGAAAAGGAUUGUGAUGAAGCUAUGGUUAACUGUUUUCCCCAUAGUUUUCCUGGUUAACUUCAUGCUAUUCCUCGAUAAGAAUGCAAUUCCAUCACAUUUGAUCUUUCAAAAGAUUCCUCUAAAGUAUUACGUCUCGGGUGCCACUUUAAUCUGGUCCUUUUUAACUCUGAUCCAUUUAACAUGUCAAAACUACAGUCAACUGGCCGCUGUAAGAUUUCUGCUGGGACUUUGUGAGUCUGGUGUUACACCUUGUUUGGCACAUACCAUUGCAAUGUGGUUCACUCCGGAGGAACAAGCCAUAGUGGCACCUGUAUUUUGGAUAUCAUCAUCAGGACAAGGUCUUUUCGGUGGUCCUAUUUCUUAUGGAGUUCAAUUUGUCCAAGGUGUUAGUCCAUGGAAGGUCUAUUGGUCUAUAAUUGGUGUACUGAUGUUUGUCGUUUCCAUGUCAUCAUUGCUUUUCUAUCCGAGCAAUCCUGCUUCAUUCUGGAUCUUUACACCAGUUGAAAGGGUCCACAUUAUCAAGAGAAUUAAGUCAAAGACCAAUUCUUCAAUUGAGCAGAAAGUUGUUAAAAGAGAACAAAUCGUGGAAGCUUUGAAGGAUCCAAUCACUUGGCUAUUCUUCUGGUUUGUGUUCUUCAACAUGUUUUCAAACAACAUCAGUUUCCAAUCUACAAUCAUCUACAAAAACUUGGGGUUCAGCAAUUUACAAUCAACUUUGGUUGCCAUUGCUUCAGCUGGAUAUUCCACUGUUGCAGCAGUUAUUGGUUCGACAAUACUAUCGCAGUAUAAGGCGCAGUCAGCUCAUGUUGGAACAGCCUUUCUCAUCAUUGCACUGUUGGGUUGUAUCUUAGCAAUUGCGUUGCCAUUGAGCCAAUCGUAUGGCAUUCUUGCCGUGACGUUCACUGCAGUAUUAUCAUGGUGCCAAUCCAGUGCAGCUGGCUACACCAAGAGACUAGUUAGAAGUAUAGUGUGGUCAAUUGGAUAUGCUGUAAUGAACAUGCUGGCACCUCAAUUCUGGAGGCAGCAAGAUCAACCUCGGUAUUACAUGGCGUGGGGGUUAAUCAUCGCAUUUAUCUGUGUUCUGUCACCGUGUACACUUCAGCUGAUUCGUUUCAUCCUGAGUCGAAGAAACAAAGAAAGAUUACAGUUAUUGAAGGACAUUGCGGACAAUAGAGUUGAAGAUACUACAGGGUUUGUUAUUGAAAUCCAUGAUGACGGGAAUGAGGUUAAGAAAUCUGUGGACAUUUCAAUGUUAGACCUAACAGAUUUACAGAACAAGAAGUUUAUUUAUCCUUUGUGA